AUGGACGAAAACGAUUCUCGAGGUCUUUUGAAGUCUGUGCUUGGGUUUUUCGCUAGAAAACGACCGGAAAGGUCUACGCAGCCCGCGUCGUUGAGAUCGCGCACACGCGAAGCCUGGCUUCGGACGGAUGCAUAUCUGCAGCAUGAUGCCGACGACUUGGACGAGGUUGAGCCUGAACGUCUUGCAAAGGCCUUGCGUGUAUUUGAAGACUAUGUUCAGUACGACUCUGCCCGAGAACCAGACUUUCAUGAUGUGCCGUAUCCGAAGCUUCAGACGAUGCGCAGCGUGAUCGAGCAUCCGAGUCAAAAUUCGCAUCCCAGCCCUGAAAUCUCCAUUCGCCCUGGUAAACGAAGAAGAGAAAGUGAAGCUGUCAUUCAAGAACUGGCGUACUUGUACACUGACGCUAAGAGACGCCGGGUUCUACCUCGCGAAAAGCCAGCUACGUGCGAUGAUCCCGAAGACCCAAAUGCCGACUUCGCCGUGCUGAUGAGAAGACGUUUGUUAUUCUUGAACAAUGCGUUACGAAGAGAUUGGAUCUGUGUUUGCCACAAGUGCUCAGGACUAAGCGUUCGACUCUCGCUGCCACGACAAAAGAAGGAUCUGAAGGUCGAGACGUGCUUCGAAGUGUUCUUCGGUGUACGGUCUCUUCUUGCGGUAGAGUUGCAAGAAGCCAAAAUAACCGUCAAGAGCACAUCUGAGCCUCUAACUUGCGGCGCUUCCGAUUUUGCCCACAUAUGUCAAAGUAUUACAGAGUCUCUUGGCCAGGCUAAUUGCUUGAACUUUGCUCUUGAAGAUGGGAGGUUUCAGAGGCUUCGUCCGCAACCGAAGACCUUUGGUGGGGAUCGCACGUCUGGAACAGUUUCCUUGUCGGCAUUAUUCAAGCGUCAGCAGGAACUACGCGGUAGCUCAUCUGCAUUGCCAUUCAAGGGUAAGCGGAUUUUGGCCGUCACCCUGGCUACCGCGCUUCUUCCAUUUUUGGAGACACCGUGGCUGCAGCCUUCCUUCAAUCACUCAAAGAUUCUGUUCUUUGAGCCUCUGCAAAGUGGAGAACUUCCAGAUAUUACGAAGCCUUUCCUCGCCAUGGAGCACAUCCCAAAUCAUUCAAACCGCAAUGAAGAUACCGGCAUCGGUUCGGAGAACUCUAAACACAGGGUGCAUCCCAAUGCCAGUGUGCUAGCGCUUGGUAUCCUCUUGUGCGAGCUUCAUUAUUGCACACCCGUGGACCUGAUGCAGAAGGACUCGUCCACCACCAGAAACGUCAAUACUGACUAUUAUACCAGUCUUGAAAAGCUUAAAUCUUUGGAAGCUGAUGCUAGCGCUGACUUUGAAUCGGUCAGCGUACAGCGACUAUUUUACCAAAAUGUUGUCAAGCGGCUGGAGGCUGAAAUACUUAAGGGGUGGGGACUUCGAUUGGAGGACCUGGGCUCUUUUGAGUCUCAAGAAAAUAGGCUCCGCUGGGGCUCCAUCGGCUGCGAGGUUGUGUGCCAUCGAACAGACAAGGCGGACUCACAUGAUAAAAGUAUCGGCGCCCAAGCACUUCCGGAUCGUUCUAGUUCUGACGUCACGCCCGCGGGUUACACAUCGUUCAGCUCAGAUAUGGCUCUACGGAUGCCGGCACGGCCUCCUUUGAAAACGCAACUAAGCGGAUAUUUGGCGGAGCUGCCAGCGAAGAGCUUGUGUUUCUUUGAUGCAAGCUACCAGGCGGGUUGUGAAGAAGAGAGUCAACUUUCGCAACAAUGGAUGGACAACCUUCUGUCUUCCAUUCAUCACUUUGUUGACCCUUACGAAUCGAUCGAAGCCGGACCCAGAGCGGUUGAACCGGUGCGAAUAGCGAUCCUAGAUUCCGGGUUUGACCCUGAGAAUCCACUUCUAAUGAUCGAAAAUCGACAACUAGAUCCACGGAUCAAGGCCGCGCGAAGCUUCAUCGCUGAUACAAAACCAGAAGACAUCCGAGAUGAGAUCGGGCACGGCACUCAUGCUCUUGGACUUCUGCUCAAAGUUGCCACAUGUGCUGAAAUCUAUAUCGCCAGAAUUGCGCAUCAAGAGACACUCGAUCUUUCCGAAUGGAAAGUGGACAUCAUCUCGAUGUCAUUCGGGAUUCGUGAACACAGCCCGCCAAUAAAAGCAGCCAUAGCCAAUGCUAUACACAGUCAGACAUUGUUAUUUUCAGCGGCAUCGAAUGAUGGAGCGAACCUUGGCAGGGCCUUUCCAGCUCAAUAUCCCGGCGUCUUCUGUAUACACUCAACUGAUGGACAUGGUAAUCCUUCCAUGUUCAACCCGACCGCAGACGACAAAGAUGUCAACUUCAGUCUACUUGGGGAGUGCGUCUCCUCUCAUUGGCCAGUUGGCAAAGAUGGCCGCGGUCAAACUGUCAAGGUAAUGUCAGGUACAUCGGUCGCGACCCCCAUAGCCGCUGGGCUGGCAGCAUCGGUUCUGUCCUUUGUCCGACAGCAAGACCAACAGAUCAAACCCGGCAAUGAAGCACUGGGGCCGUGGCUAAAGGAUGCCGGCUCAAUGGAUGCGGUUCUGAGGAGUAUGGUCAGGCAUACAAGAGGAGCAGGCUAUCACUACCUCACGCCCCAUGUAAUAUUUGAUAGAGAGUCGACAAGGAAGCAUGUCUAUGAAAAGAUUGAGGACAUCAAGAAACACAUGUAUAGCUAG